CCCCUUUUUUGCAGCACAGAGCCACUGAAUGCUUAACGGUCAACAGCAUUUCUUGUUCUGAGAUCACCCUUCUGUGCCCUCUCUGGCUGCCAAAUUGCUGGGGCUGUCCCAGCUUGAUUGAUUUCUCAGCUCAAGGCAUUAGACAAGCCCAUCAAGCUGGGUUUGUAUUGGCCCCAUGAUGGCUCCUAACGUCAGCUGCUUGCUUUUGGCAGUGCUGUUUUCUGCUGGCUGUAAAGUCAUCACCUCCUCAGAUCAGAUGUGCGCUGAGAAAGAAGCCAACAAAGUGUAUAACUGUGAAUAUUUAGGUCUUAGAGAAAUUCCUGACACCCUACCAAACACAACAGAAGUUUUGGAAUUCAGUUUUAAUUUCUUGCCUACAAUUCAAAAUACAACCUUCAGCAGACUCAUUAAUCUUACCUUUUUGGAUUUAACCAGGUGUCAGAUUAACUGGUUACAUGAAGACACUUUUCAAAGCCAUCAUCAGUUGAGCACAAUUGUAUUGACCGGAAAUCCCCUGAUAUUCAUGGCGGAAACAUCACUUAAUGGGCCCAAGUCUCUGAAGCAUCUCUUCUUAACCCAAACAGGAAUAUCGGAUCUCGAGUUUAUCCCAGUGCACAAUCUGGAAAACUUGGAAAGCUUGCACCUUGGAAGCAAUCAUAUUACCUCCAUUAAGCUUCCAACAAAUUUCCCAACACAGAAUCUGAAAAUCCUGGAUUUUCAGAAUAAUGCUAUACACUACCUCACUAGAAAAGACAUAGACUCUCUAAAGCCGGCGACCAACCUCAGCCUUAACCUCAAUGGCAACGACAUUAAAGGUAUUGAGUCUGGCGCUUUCCAUUCAAAAAUCUUCCAAAAUUUGAACUUCGGAGGGACCUUUGACGUAUCUGUUAUAUUAAAAGGCCUGCAGAAUUCUACUAUUCAAUCUCUCUGGCUUGGAACAUUUGAGGACUAUGAGGACCAAGACAUUAGUUCAGCCAUGCUUCAGGGACUUUGUGAAAUGUCUGUUGAGAGCAUCAACCUACAGAAACACCAUUUCUCUGACUUUUCAUCCACCACCUUUCAGUGCUUCACCCAACUCCAGGAAUUGGAUCUGACGGCAACUCACUUGAAAGCGUUACCCUCAGGGAUUAAGGGUAUGAACUCACUAAAGAAAUUAGUUCUCAAUGUAAAUAAUUUUGACCAAUUGUGUCAAAUCAACGCUGCCAGUUUCCCUUCUCUUACGCACCUCUACAUCAAAGGCAACAUGAAGAAACUUGACCUUGGUGCUGGCUGUCUGGAAAGACUAGAAAAUCUUCAGAAGCUUGAUUUAAGCCACAAUGACAUAGAGGCUUCCGACUGCUGCAAUCUGCAGCUCAAAAACCUGCCUCACUUGCAGUGCCUAAACCUGAGCUACAAUGAGCCCCUUGGACUCCAAAGUCAGGCGUUUAAAGAAAGUCCCCAGCUUGAAGUCCUGGAUUUGGCAUUCACUCACUUGCACGUUAAUGUUCCACAAAGUCCUUUCCAAAACCUCCAUCUCUUGCAGGUUCUCAAUCUCUCUCACUGCCUUCUUGAUACGAGCAAUCAGCGUCUUCUAGCAGGUCUGCCGGAUCUCCGGCAUCUGAAUUUACGGGGAAAUCGCUUUCAAGAUGGUAGCAUCCCAAAGACCAACCUACUUCAAACAGUGGGCAGCUUGGAGAUUCUGAUUUUAGCCUCCUGUGACCUCCUCUCCAUAGACCAGCAAGCAUUCCACAGCCUUGAAAAAAUCCAUCUUGUAGACCUAAGCCACAAUAACCUGACAGGAGAUAGCAUUGCUGCUCUUAGCCAUCUUAAGGGGAUCUAUCUCAAUCUGGCCGCCAACAACAUUCACAUUGUUUCACCUUAUGUCCUCCCCAUAUUGUCCCAGCAGAGCACCAUUAAUUUAAGUCACAAUCCCUUGGAUUGCACUUGCUCCAACAUUCGUUUCUUAACAUGGUUCAAAGAAAAUAUACACAAACUUGAGGGCUUGGAGGAGACUGUGUGUGCAAACCCCCCACCUUUAAAGGGAGUUAAGCUGUCUGAUGUCAAGCUGUCCUGUGGGAUUACAGCUGUAGGCAUUUUCUUUCUCAUAGUAUUUUUAUUCUUGUUGAUCAUUCUGUUCACUUUUUUAGUUAAAUACCUUCUUAGAUGGAAAUACCAGCACUUCUAGUGCUGAAGCUUUCCAGAGAAGGCAAAUAAAGGUGUUUCAUGAAAUUGCCCUAAGUGAAGAAACUGUCAUGUGUUGCUGACCAGAUUUUCUGACUGGUUCAUGGGGCUGGGCAGGGAUUAGCUGUACUUUUCUGUGCACCUUACACUUGUGAGGGGCUGCUAAUGAGCCUCACUAGCAGGCAAACUGACUGGGGUCAGGCGUGGCUGUGAGAGACACAAUUCAUUUCCUCACGUGGAAGGUGGUGGAAGUUGAGGGAGGAUUCAUGGCAGAGAAAGGCAAGGAGAGUAAAACACCAGGAGGUCACCUUCCUUCCACUCAGGGACAACCCUCUGUGAGAGAUCAUCAAUCCCCACAAUUUGGCAGUGUUAAAACACUCCUGCUCACUGUCUUUCACCUACUGAUGAGGCAUUGUGCUCAGCUCUAGGUUCUCAGUAACAGAGCCAUGGAGAAUCUUAGUCGGAGACAAAGUCUCAACACAAUGAAUUUAAAAGAAAAGGCUGGGAAAUGAACCCUGCCAUCAAAUAGACUCCACGUAUCUUAUUAAUCUUUUGUUUUUGUUUGCCAUGGAGUCGAUUCCAACUCAUGGUGACCCCACAUCUCUACAAUUUCCCUGGGGUACAAAUAGCUACUAAAAAAAAAAGACAUCCCCACUGCACAGAGAUUUAGAGUUUCUGCCACAUUCGCUGCACUUAUUUGAGAACCAGGGAGACUCCCGUCUGUGUGGUGUCCUCCCUUUUAUAUUGCGUGUCCUGGUUCAAAAUGCCCUU